AUGCUUGAUUCCCUAGAUAAUUUAAUUCAACUUUAUCGUCAUGAUUGGGAAAUUCAAAAAGAAACAUUUAAAGAUGCUAAAGAAAAAACUAAAAGACAAACUUUGAUAUUUAAAGAUAGAGUAGAAACAAUCGUUGGUAAUUAUAGAACAAAUGCUGUGUUAGAUAUUAUGGAUUUAUACAUCAAUCAAGAUCAUUCAACAAGAAAUCAACCAUUUUGGAUGAAAUUAAUUAAAUAUAAUACUAAUUAUAAACGUCGUCCACUAAUUGGAUCCUCAACAUAUAAAAAAUUCAAAUAUGAUGCUACAAUUGAUGAUGAUAAUCAAGAAGGUUUAGAAGCUGGUGAUUUAUUAUAUAAGGCUAAGAUUAAUAAAACUGUUUCUCAACAAUUGGAUAAUGUUUGUUUGGAAUUGAAACAAUAUCAUGAAUCAGAUCAAUCUUCUUCAAUUUAUAGUGAAGUUCCUGCAGAUAAAUCACAGUAUAGGAAAAUUAUUGGUGAUAAUCCAUAUAAAGAGGAGUAUACUUAUGUUUGA